UGUUUGUGUCUUCAAGUUUGAGCGCGCGUUUGCCGCCCAGCUGAAAUCAACGCAAGUGUUGCUUUCGAAGUUUCCUUUAAGGAUGGAAGCUGACGCCUUGGUUACCAGUUGGAUGGUUAUGUAUGAGGACGAGUCUGUGGAUAUUCGCUACAAAAACGGGGCACGAUUACAACUUUCGCCGUGCGGUAGCGAGUUUAUGCUAGUGAAAGGCUCAGAACCUUCUGGACACCCUCUUCAAAACCCCGCGAGAGUUCGACAAAAAACCAGGUUCACCAUCAGCGCCUACAAAGAGCAGAUCAUCGCUGCACUGGCGUUCAGGAAUAAGUAUGCCAGUCGACCAUAUCUUCCAGAGGAGCUCAUUCCUGUCGGUCAAAAACAGCCAUUGCUUAGUAUUAACCUGGAUGUGCAGUGGCCCAGCUGGUCCUCCUGUAAUGCUGAGUUUGGGCCUGGUGGCGAGACCACCAUUAGGUCAGAGGACAAACAAGCUGUGUUGAUGCUGUCACCAUCAGGGGAAGAGUUCUUUGUGAAGUUUGCAUCCAGGUUCAGCUUACCUUUCCAUCAGCAAGCACAGCGCCUUCCAGACUUCAAAGAUCUGAGCAGCAACUCUAAAUGCAACCCUGAUAGUCGACGGAGCAGCUUGGCCCAUUUAAAUAUGGACUGCCCCAGGGAUGACACCCCAGAGGUUCAUUGUGAGAAAGGAAACCGAAAGGAUGAGUCAUUUCAGGCGAGGUCAUGUUCUCCUCGAAUGAUUACUACUGAGUUUAAGCCAGAAGAGAAGUACAGAUGUGUCACAGUGGUCCAGCAUCACUCCUGCCAUGCAGUUGCACCUGCUUGGCACUAUCCUCUCUCCUUGGCCCGCCGUCACCAGACAGUCCGUCUCUCCAACCCUGCUGUUGGUGCAGCAGAAGGAAGCAGACAUGCAAAUCACGCUGAUGACAUUCCGAACAAAUCCAACUUGGAAAGUGACACCAAGUCUCUCCUUCCUCCAACUCUGCCUCUUUCCUGUCCAUCCCCUCACUGGCACAGCUGGCGAUUUCAAGACCCAGUGGCCGAAAAAGAAGAAACCGAUCAGCACUAUCCCACAGAGCUGGUGAAAGUUAUGUGGCUUCAAGGCGUGACCUACAGGAUACUGGGCAAAGAUAUCUCCAUCAUAGAGAUCUCGCCUGGUGAUGGAUCUAUCAUUCGGUCUGAUGGAGUCUCCUGUAUGUACUUCACUCAUUACAAGCCGGAGUGGCAUUCGACACAGGCAAAUGUCAAAGAGGUGACAUAUCACCUUAACAGCCUCCCACCUGACAGACCCAGACAGUUGUAUUCAGUUUGCUCCAUCGUGGAUCGUGCAAGCAGGAUUCUUGCAAGCUACAACGAGGCUAAAACAUCACUGAGGCUACGUGUCACACCCAGCUGCUUGCUGCAGUUGAGUGACUUCUCCAAACCAACAAUGCUUGAAACAAAUGAUUCACCUGUGAGCUAUCAUAAGACUGAUACAGAUACGCAAGAAAGUCGGCAAGAACUUGAAAAGAUAAAACGAGUCAACUUUAGGAUUGAAAACAGCAACUUGCCUGGAAGAAAGGAGAAAAGACUCACCCAAAAUGGUUCGCCUGAAAUCACCUCUGAAUCGGUCGACGUCGCUAAAGCUCUUCAGAUGAUAUCCAAAGCCAUACAGGAUAUCGAUGCUCUCAUAACUGUAACAAAACAAAAUUGAAAGUGCAUGACGUUUGAGUCUUGGGACUUAAAAGGCCUACUGAAACUCACUACUACCCACCACGCAGUCUGAUAGUUUAUAUAUCGACACAUGCCAAUACGGCCUUAUUAGUUUACUAAAUUCGUCUUGAAAACGUCGUGUAAUGAUGACGUGUACGCAAAACGUCACGGGUUUUAAGGAAACAUGAGCGCUGCACACACACACAGCUAAAAGUCGUCUGCUUUAACGGCAUAAUUACACAGUAUUUUGGACAUCUGUGUUGCUGAAUAUUUUGCAAUUUGUUCAAUUAAUAUUGGAGAAGUCACAGUAGAAAGAUGGAGUUGGGAAGCUUUAGCCUUUAGCCACACAAACACACGGUGAUUCCUUGUUUAAAAUUCCCAGAGGUCAAACUUUCCUAUGGAUCAGAGCGCGUUCAAGCCAACAUGAAUCACGUCGGAAUGUCAACCAGCAGGUUUCGGUGAGAAAAUUGGUGUAAAAAGUCCCUUCUUACCGGAGAAAAGCUGAGCUUGUGCCGUCCAUAAAGCUGCCGUCGACUCCCCUGAGACAUUGGCGUCAAGACACCCGUGGACGUACACCUCCGACUAUCAGGUACUAUUUAACUCACUAAAACACUAGCAACACAAUAGAAAGAUGAGGGAUUUCCCAGAAUUAUCCUAGUAAAUGUCUCUAAAAACAUCGGAAUCCGUCCCAAUGCAAUCGCGUUUUUUUUUUAAACUUAUUUUUUUUAAUCUUUUUUUUUUCUAGUCCGUCGCUAUCAAUAUCCUCAAACACGAAUCUUUCAUCCUCGCUCAAAUUAAUGGGAAAAUUGUCAUUUUCUCAGUCCGAAUAGCACUUUUUGUUGAAGGCUCCCAUUAAAAACAAUGUGAAUAUGUGAGGAGCCCUCACACGUGUGACGUCAUCGUCUGCGACUUCCGGUAGAGACAGGGCAUUUCUCUUAACACCGAAAAUUGCGAACAUUAUCGUGGAUGUUCUCUACUAAAUCCUUUCAGCAAAAAUAUGGCAAUAUCGCGAAACGAUCAAGUAUGACACAUAGAAUGGACCUGCUAUCCCCGUUUAAAUAGGAAAAUCUCAUUUCAGUAGGCCUUUAAAGAUAUAUAUUUAUUGGUUCAAGUGACCUAAAUAAAUACAUUAUGAUGUAUUUGUUGCCAUUGGCCUGCUUUGGCCCCAUUGUAUGAUGUUUACAUUUAUCAUGUGAUUACCAAACUUUGUAUUUAUUAUUUAAU